AUGAGCUUCGAGGAGAGCGUCACGUGCUUCUACGUGGCGCUCGCGGAGCAGCAGCUGGAGCAGGUGUGCCAGGCGCUCGGGGACAUGCGCGUGUCGGCGUCGGCGGCCAACGGGGACGCGCAGACGGCGGCCGUGCGCGACGAGAUGCUGCGCAGCUGCGAGGCCAAGGCGCAGAGUCUGCAGGAGCCGGCGCUCGAGCGCCUCCAGCACGCGUGCGCGGGCGCCGACGCGCGCGCCAGCCUCGAGCGCGUGCGCGGCAGCAAGCAGGCCGCCAAGGUGAACGAACAUGGCUACAUCGACCGCGCGUUCUACGUGGAGGCGCUGAGCGAGCUGCUCACGGGCGCCUCGGACAUUAUGAACGCCGUGGCGGACGUCACGGGGGACGCGCAGGUGCUGCAGCAGGUGCUGGAGCCCAUCCACGCGUCGUGCGCCGAGAUCGCGUUGCAGAUGGUCGAGAUGUACGCGGGCGACGCGCGCAUGGUGGCGUGGGAACGGCGUGCCAACGCGCAGGCCCAGAGGGACCCGAGGCAGGCGCUGGAGGGCGAGGACGUGGAGGCGGACGAGAGUCUGCAGAUGAUCGACCUGUUCCUGGACGAGCUGGCCUUCAUCAUCCGCGUGCUCGUGAGCUACACUGCCUUCUUGGCUACGGUGUGUGCUGGGCUGGGACAGCAGAUGGAAAGUGGCGAAGGAGGCUUCCAGGUAAAGGUGCAGGAGCUCAGCGGCGUGUACGUGGUGCUGGAGAGAUUCUACGUGUUCCAGUCCGUGCACAAGGCCACGGCAAUCGCGGAGCCCCAGGAGCUGGAGCAGGGAGUUUAUGUGUCAAGUGUUGUUGAAGACGUCUCGUUCGUGCUGAACAAGGCCUUCUUCAGGGCGUCGCAGUGCAUGAACUACCAUACGGCUCUAUCUAUCGUGAUCGCGCUUGUGGACGCGUUGGAGUCGCAGUAUCUUCCUGCAAUCUUGUCAUUGCCUAGUCGGCCGUGCGUUAUUCCGUUGAGUGUCGCCAAUGCAACGUCUGACAAGGACAAUGGGUCCGGACGACUCGAUGGUGACGGAGAUGGUGAAGACGAGGUGUCUUUCUCAGAAAUGCUGCUGCAGGCAGUCGACGAUGACUUGGAGCGGACUUUGCAGGAGGAGGCGAGGCUGAUUAUGACGAUCAACUCGGCCUUCAUGAGUGGCGAAUUUGUUCGCGCGCUGCAGGAGAAAAUCGACGAGUACUCCCGCGCAGGUUUCCCCAAUGAUGCGCCGAUCCUCGAGUGCCUGCCAACUCCAAUUGGCGACAUGACGGAUGCAUUCCACUCCAUUGUAUCGAACGAGGUUCAAGAAGUGCUGUCCCGAUCGCUGCGUAAGCGGCUACUGGAAGUGAUCCAGCGUCAGAUGGAGGAGAGGCUUAAGUACGUGCUCACCUCAGCUGAGUACGAUGCACUGGGCUCUCGGGGCUCGCCAUUGCUUCGGCUGGUAGAGCAAGAAGUUUUGAAGAACCGGGAGCUGAAGCGGUACGAGCGUGCCCUGUGCAGUGCCCCCUUCGAGGAUCUGGUCGAGGCUGUUACACAAGACCUGACGUCGGGUGUCGAACGCGCGCUUCUUACGACCAAGAAACAUUGCAAUGACUUGGGUGCGCUGCAGCUCGAGCGCGAAGUUACGAACAUGCUCGCUCGUGUGUCGACACUUGUGCCCCAAAAGAGUUUACGCUCAGCCUUCACGCGGCUCUUCCAGAUUGUGUUCAUUUUGAACCUGAUGCAGCCAUCGCACGUUCUAGACUAUCUUGCUAGUGUGCGUGAAGAGCUGUCGCUAGAGACUAUUGCGACUUUACUGCGCAUGCGCGUGGAUUUCAAGUCCCAAGAUAUCGCGCGUGCCAUUGAUCAAAUGACAAAAGCGGACGCAAACAACAAAGCAUCAAAAGCGGGAAGCUCGUCGUAG